CAGGGCCAGGACAAGUCAAAAUAUUAAUCGCGGUUGUCAGGUUUACAGUGGAUGGUCGUAAGUUCUCUUAGUGCAGGUGCAUUUCGGCCCUCACCAGUUCAGAAUAGAAUAUGAGGCUAUUAUUUUUGUUUCCUUGGACAGAGUUUUAGCCCUAAACGCAUUAGCAAACUGAUAGAGAGCCAGUGGGUGCCAAGCGGAAAGGAACAAUCGGGCGCCGGCCGAAUUUGCGUCGAAACGUUCAAUAAUGGAGAAUGGAAUGAUGAACGGAGACCACGAUCGCUCUCGCUCUCCGUCUCCCGGCCUCGUUCGAUCGAACUCACGAAACGCGUCCUCAAAAGAAAUUAACCGAACAUCAUUGCUGAGAAGAAACCAAAGUCUUAGUGCCAAACAAAUUCGCUUUUACCGGAAUGGAGAUCGAUUUUUUUGUGGGCUUAAACUGGCUGUAUCGCCUGAGCGAUAUAAAGAAUUCGAUGCUUUGCUGGCCGAGCUAUCAAACAAGCUGGAACUUUCCACAGGGGCCGUGCGCUACAUUUUCAACGCUGAAACGGGCCAAAUGAUCACAGAUGUAAACGAACUACAAUACGGCGCUAGUUAUGUUUGUUCUUCGACUAAUGUCUUCAAAGAAGUCGAUGCUGGCUAUGGAAACAUGAAACCGUCGUGGUCGCUCGCUCAUCACAAGAAAGAAGCGCCACCAACAUCAUCAUCAGUUCAUUUGAUCGACGGUACUCGCGAUUUCAUCAAACCAAAGUUGGUGACAGUAAUAAAGAACGGAAAACCCCCACAGAAGAAAGUCACCAUGCUUCUAAAUGCGAAAACAGCGAUUAACCUGGAGCAAGUUUUGGAUCAUCUGUCCUCCAAGGGAACGCUUGGGAAAGUGGACAAGUUACACACAGUUGACGGUAAACAGAUUAGAGAACUGAGACAUCUGUUUGGUGAUGACACAAUGUUUGUUGCUUUGCAAAGUAAUGAAAAGUUCCCAGACGAAGGAUUUGACGUUGAUGUUCAAAGUUAUAAGAUAACUCCAUAUAGAGAUCUCAAGAGGCCUGCUGGCCUGAAAAGAUCAUCUUCACUACGAACCCCACGCGGAAGGCGAGACAGUGGCUCUAAUGAUACUGGCGGUAGCCAUACUCCCUCGCGUGAUCGCCAGGUGCGACGGUCAGCAUCAGUCAAGAGUGCUGGUAAGGAAAGAGGAAUGAGUCCUGGACCACCUGCUAGGGUGAAUGGACACAGCCCAAGAGCAACUAGUGCCAAGUCUCCAAAUGGAUCUUCUGGAAGAAGGACUCCAAACAGUUCUUAUGUCCACCCUAAUGAGGAACUGUACCCAGCCCAUGUCUUUGAGAAGGAAUCACCUGAUUCAGGUACAGGGAAAGAUCCCAAGAAAAUUAAAAGAGAAAGAAUAUCAGUGCAUGGCUUCUACAGAAUAGGAAAAGUAAUAGGAGAUGGAAAUUUUGCUGUUGUAAGGGAAUGUAAAAGUAGGAAAACUAAUAAAGAAUAUGCACUGAAAAUUAUUAGCAAAGCUAAAGUAAAAGGAAAGGAACAUAUGGUUGAAAAUGAAAUUAGUAUAUUAAGAAGAGUGAAACAUAAAAAUAUUGUGGAACUUAUUGAAGAGUACGAAACUCCCAAAGAAAUAUUCCUUGUUAUGGAACUAGUCAAGGGAGGAGAUCUCUUUGAAGCAAUAGUAAAGGCCACUAAAUACACAGAGAAAGAUGCCAGCCAUAUGGUGCGCGACUUGGCAUCAGCACUGCAUUAUCUGCAUUCUAUGAAUGUUGUACAUAGAGAUAUUAAACCAGAAAAUUUAUUAGUUGUAAAUUAUUCAGAUAAUAGAAAAUCCCUGAAGAUAGCAGAUUUUGGAUUAGCCACUGAAGUGAAAAGCCCCAUGUUUCUUGUUUGUGGGACACCAACUUAUGUUGCACCAGAAAUCCUAGAUGAAACAGGAUAUGGUCUGAAAGUUGAUAUUUGGGCAGCAGGAGUUAUCACUUACAUUCUUCUUUGUGGAUUUCCACCAUUCAGAAGUCUUGACCAGGAUGAAUUGUUUGACUUGAUUCUUGCUGGAGAAUUUGAAUACCUUUCACCAUUUUGGGAUGACAUAUCAGAUUCAGCUAAGGAUCUUAUAAACCACAUGCUUGUUGUUGAUGACAAUAAAAGAUUCUCUGCUCUUCAAGUUUUAAAUCACUCAUGGAUAAAGGGUCAUACAACAGGAGAUAAGGACAUUCAUAGCAAUCUUAAAACAGAAAUCACAAGAAAUUUUGAUCCAAGAAGAAGACUUAGGGGAGCUGCCAUUGCUGUACAAACGAAAGGAAGGGAGAACCCCAGGAACAAGGGUCCACAAAAGGACCAUGCAGGAAGAAAAGCCCUUUCACCUCUAUCAAGGAACAUUAUUAGAAAGGAUUUUCAUAAAGCCACAGACUCUCUCAACACCAUUUUGGAUGAACCAGAACAAUUGAAGAGUGUGAAAAUUAACACUCCCCAAAAGAGACCCUCUGUGAGAACCCCUGCUAAUUAUGUUCCUGUAUGGAAGAGACCUUUAGGUCAGGGGAAGAGCCCUGGUGGGUCCCCAACUCCACAGAGUCCACAGCGAAAGGCAAAAAAUGGUACCGUUGGGAACCUACCUGCUGCACGAGGCAAAUGUAAAGUUCUUAGACAACCACCAAUGAAAUUUAGGUUAUAGUGUUAAAUACCCAGGUUGCACAGAAAUUUCCUGCUAAUCUUACCUAUGUUGUGAAAGUUAAAAUUCUAAGUCACAAUUUAAAGUACUGGUAUGUUAUUAUGCAAUGAAAGGUAUAAGAUAAGAUAAAAUUUUAUUUUAAACACUAACAUUUAAAAAAGCAGUUAAAAAGUAACAUUUUAAGGGAGUUAAGUAUUGAACAAAAUGACUAAAUAAUUUUUAACAAAUAUAAUGUUAAUUGAAUUACCAAUAAAUAUUAUUUCAAGGAAGAAAUAACACAAUGAAGUAAAUAUAAAUAUUGACAUCAUUUUUAAAGUAGCCCUUAGUGGUAUUCCUUCCUGUAAUAUUUUCAUUUCUAUUUUUGUACUAAAACCAAGAUAACCUUUUGAAAAUAAUGUUAUAAAAUUCAAUAAAAGUGGGAAGUUUGAAUUUUAAAUGCAAGAGAAAAGUCAUUGCUUCUUUUAACAUUUUCAAGGUCUGGCUUCUUUGGUGUCUUGAUCCAGUUUUCCUAAAGGUUGAGGAAGCAACACUAUAAGAGAGCAAGCUUUUUCUUAGAGACUUAUUGAACAUUUAAGUUGAUAACCAAAAGACAGAAAGCUAAUCAAUACAUUAAACUUAACUGAUUUACUAAUUGAACAGCUGUUUUGAUCAAUCCAUUUUUCAUGGAGUAAUCUGGUGGAAAGAGUGAAAACCACUUCGUAAUAAAAGAACUCUGUUUAAAUUGAUAAUUCAAAGACCAAGCUAAGCAAAUUCAUAGGACAUAACUGAAAGUUUAUUAAACCUUUGCAGCUUCCUCUUUGAUGAAUUUGUUUUCUAUGGCUCAAUCAGAGAUAUUUGUAUUUGCCAUAACUGCUUUGACUUGUAAAAUAUUACAUCACAUUUACUAUGAUUGAAAUUAAAAAAUGUGUAUUAAUCAAUAAUCUAAAUUGUAAUAAUAUGCAACAUUCAAAAUUGGCAACUGUAUGUUCUUAUGCCUGUGAAAUGACACUACUUUGCAAGUUAAAUUUCCUUCUCUUUUUUAAUGACCAACCAAAAAUUAUUUUCAGGAAAAAUUAACUUUUUACCUCUGUUAAAGAUGUCGUAAACGAGUCCUUCACGAUCAUGCUAAUCUAAUUCUGUUUAUGGGUUCUCCAAGUUCAAGAUUUUAAUUUAUAAAGGUAAGGUAUUGAUCCCACAGGUGAGUUCUGAGUUGUUGUUUGUAAUAAUGACUUGACAAAGUUUAUAAACAUUAAAAAACAAAACACAAAAAAAACAAAACUAUGGUAAGAUUAUUAUAAAUAUUUUGACAACUUUUAAAAAGGAUAUCAUGAGUGUGUUUUUUUUUUUUUCAGUUUUUUAGUUUGUUUGAUUUGUCUUUUUUUUGUGAUGUUUGUUAUGGUUAAUAUGUUGUUAUUUUUUUUGGAAGAUAUCUUGACUAUUGAGCUGGUUAAAAUAACAGUGAAUCAGGUUAAAAGCAAGUUUACAAUGCGCACACAGUACACAGACUUGAAUGAAAGUUAAUAAUUUUAAAAGCAUUUGUGGUAACCAUUGAAACUGUAAAAUAUCUUAUCCAUAACUCCUUGUGUUUGUACUCCGUGUCAAAAUUCCUUAUCAAGUUGUCACAGUUUGUAAAUUCAGAGAUUGGUCUGUAACUUCUCAUACCAAAAUUUAUUUAUGCAAUCCCCUGUCAACUCAUAGAUCCCAAGCUCCAAAAGAGAUGUUUAAGAUUAUGAAGGUGCCAAAUUUUGAUACAAAGAAGGGUUAUUUCCCAUGACAGCAUUUUCUACUUCAACCACUUUUUCUAAUCACAGCUUUGAGUGAAUUAAGGUCAACUGUAGUGAUGUACUUGUCAACUUUGUGGUGAUUGCAUCAAGUGGCUUAAGUUGGCACACCCUGCUGAAGCAGCUAUGAUGAUUUCUGAUUGUUGCACUAUCAGAUUAUUAUAGUGACAAUACCUGGAGGUCAUAGUGGAGAUGGGGAAAUGUCCUAAAGGGACCCUUAAAAGACGAUUGGGAUGCUAAAUCAAUGAUAACAAACCACUGGCAUUAAUUGGCAGUGAUGAACUGCUGUAUCAAUCAGUAAUAAAAAAUUAUCAUUAGUGUUUUUUUUUUCAGCUUGAUUGUGAUCUGGACAUGACUUGACUGAUAAGUAAUUGUUUUUUCCCUUUAGGUUAAUGCUUUAGAGAAACUCAGCAAAUCUCUUCAAGAUGGAAAGAAACUUGCAGUUGGUGAGAGUUACCAGGAGUUGUCAGCAGCAGUCCGAG